UUUUUCAUCAUUACCAUUACAAAUUUGACCUAACCUAAUCCUAAUUUCUCCUUUAAUAUUGAUAAUCCUCUUUCAAAUCUCUAAUUCAUUUGCAAAUCCUUCGAUUUGCUUGUUGUUUAGAGCAGAAAAAAAACGAAAGAUGAAGGGGAAUAGUGGAAAUCCACUUGCUUUGACAUCGCUGAAUCAUAUCUCCCUUGUUUGCAGAUCAGUUGAAAAAUCAAUUGAAUUUUACAAGAAUGUUCUUGGUUUUGUGCCUGUAAGGAGGCCUGGAUCAUUCAAUUUUAAUGGCGCUUGGCUGUUUAGCUAUGGAAUUGGGAUUCAUCUACUUCAAUCGGAAGAUCCUGAGAAAAUGCCAAAGAAAACUGAAAUCAAUCCCAAAGAUAACCAUAUCUCUUUCCAGUGUGAGAGCAUAGAUGCAGUGGAGAAGAAGCUAACAGAAAUGGGGAUAAAGUACGCGAGGCAGCUGGUUGAAGAAGGAGGAAUAUAUGUAGAUCAAUUGUUUUUCCAUGAUCCAGAUGGAUUCAUGGUUGAGAUUUGUAACUGCGACAAAUUGCCAGUGAUUCCCUUAGCUGGCGAAAUAGCUCGAUCGUGCUCAAGGGCUAACAUUCAAUUGCUUCAACCUCAGCAAACACAGAAACAAUCUGCUGUAGUACAAGUCCCAGUGAUCAAGCCUUAGAAAUUUAAGGAGUAUAAUGUUCAAAUAUUUUGUUAUUUUUUCAUGUUUAGGACAAUCCAGAAUGAUUGAUUGAUUACCUGAAAGAUGUAAUAUUUUUUAUUUAGUGAGUAUUCUAUGUAUUUGGGUCUCUCUUUUUUUUUUCUUUUUCUCAAGGGUUGUUGGUAAUAAGACAAAUUGAGAAUUGUCCUGAUUUGAAGCUUGUUUUUGAUUCCUUAA